GCUCUAGUCUGUUCCUCCAACGACGAUGAGUUGCCAGAUGAUCUUAAGAAAGAAAAUAUGUUCUUCAUGCAAGGCUACUGCAAUCUUAUGUCAUCGGCGACCUACUGGUGGCUGAACUGGUUGUUUAGGAAAGGCUACAAAGAGCCCAUUGAGCUCAAAGAUCUAGGAGUACUGUCUAGCUCUCACAAAGCCCGCCAAAACCGCAUGCUCUUUGAAGAGGCUUUAGAGAAAGAACGGGAGCGUGCACUGGCAAAGGGUGUCUCCAUUAACUUGUACCGUGUAUUCUUUAAUGUGUAUGGGUUCAAGAUGAUGCUAGCUGGGUGUCUUAAAUUCUGUGGCGACUGUUUGAGCUUUGUCGGACCAGUGGCACUUAAAUAUCUUCUUGAGUAUGUCAGUGGUUUAGAACCAAAACCAGAAGAGGAUGACCAAUAUGUGACCGUUGAAGUGUUUCUUCACAAUGGCUAUAUACUCCUUGCUGUUAUAUUUUUUGCCGCUGUUCUGAGGUCUCUGUGUUUGCAGUCUCAUUACCAGAUUGUCAUUAUUGAAAGCAUUCAUCUACGAGCAGCUCUUCAGACCAGCGUGUAUGAUAAAGCCCUGAAGCUUUCUACUUGGACAAUGACUGGCGGAUCAAUGACGAUGGGUCAGAUUACUAACUUGAUGUCUGUGGAUGCUAUGAAUUUGCUAAACUCGGCCCAGUGGGUUCACUAUAUAUGGAGGGUUUUUCUUUUACUAGAUCCCCAGGCGUCUAAAAAGUUUCAUGCAGCAAUGGGGAUAUCGCCUGCGAACCACUGCACCUAUUGUAGACAUCUUGGUAUAUCUUUAUAUAUCCUAUAUCUGACCUUGGGCUACUCGGCGUUGGUUGGUUUCUCUGUAUUCUUUGUUACCAUGCCGAUACAGACUAAAAUUGCUGGUAUUCUUGCUGGUUUCCAGAAAAUUGUCAUGGCCAAUUCUGAUGAGCGUCUGAAGAGGAUAAAUGAAAUGCUGCAAGGGAUCAAGCUAAUUAAGCUGUACGGCUGGGAGGACAUCUUUUUAUACAACAUCAAAGAUGCUCGAGCGAAAGAGGUUCAUGUCAGAAUGAAGUGCUCCCUCUGGAGUUUUGCUUUAACAACUACAACUAUUGCCUCGCCUCUUCUCGUUACUCUUGUGGCAUACGGUCUGUACCAAGUAUUUGAGCACGAACCGCUGACACCUGCCGUAGCAUUUGCCUCCCUGUCGCUCCUCAAUCAAAUUACCAUCCCCCUAUUUGUAAUGCCCACGACAUUUGCGUUCCUCGUCAACGCGCAUGUCAGCACCAAGCGUCUACAGGGCUUCCUGGAAUCUCCCGAAUGCGAGGAGACGGAUGAUGGACGCCAGAAGGUGGAAGUUGUUUUGGAACGAGACAAGUCGGCAAUUGAUGAAGAUGACUUUGGCACAGCUUGUUGCUUACCACCAAACAAAUUUAAAAGUAAAAAGAACAAUGAUCGUACCUUAUUGGUAAAUGCAGCCGAUGGCAACCAAUAUGGAACCUUCUCGUCGAACACUGCCAACCCAAAUUUCUCAAAUGUUGAUGACCUUCCUGAUGACCUGGUGCUAAAGAUAGAACAUGCUAAUUUUACUUGGGAUGUUGAUUCACCGGAGCCAACUUUAGCCGACAUUAGCUUAGAAAUACCCGCAGGUAAACUGACAAUGAUCGUUGGUGCUGUUGGAAGUGGCAAGUCCUCUGUGUUGGCGGCGAUGUUGGGUGAGAUGUCUACGCUCAGUGGGAAUGUCCAGUGGAACAGGCACAAGAGCACCGUGUCAUUUGCAGCGCAGAAAGCGUGGCUUGUUAAUGCAUCACUGAAAGAAAAUGUUCUGUUUGGUUAUUGCGCUGAGUCGGACAGAUACGAUUCAGUCAUCUCCUCUUGUGCUCUAAAGCCAGACAUUGAUAUCCUGCCAGCUGGGGAUCAAACAGAGAUUGGUGAGAAGGGCAUUAACCUCAGCGGGGGCCAAAAACAGAGGAUCAGCGUGGCCAGGGCGAUGUACAGUUACAAUGAUGUUGUAAUAUUGGAUGAUCCACUAUCAGCACUUGAUGUCCACGUGGGACGUCAGUUAUUUGAAGAAGGCAUUGUGGGAUUGCUAAUGAACAAUUGUCGAACUUGCCUUUUGGUGACACAUCAAGUUCAGUACGUUGAGAAUGCUGACUGGAUUAUUGUUAUGAAAGAUGGCAGAGUUCAACAUCAAGGAACACUGGAUGAUAUAGCUAAGAAAGACCCAGAACUGUACAGCGAAUGGCAGACACUGAUCCAAGAAUCCCAGCAGAAGGAAAAAGAGAAGGUUGAUUCAGAAAAUGAAGAUGAUGUUGUUGUAGAACGAAGAAAGCUGUUGAGGCAGGUGUCUAGGAUGUCAUUUGCUUCCGAUGACGAGGGCGAUGUCAUCUCUGUUAAGAAAGGUGUUAACGAAGAUAACGAUGAUAAAACUGGAAAAUUAAUUGAGAAAGAGGAGCGUGUUAAAGGAUCCGUUGGCUUUACGAUGUACGGCAAUUAUAUCAAACAGCUUCGUGUCCGUGUGUUUCUGCUUGUGAUGGUUCUCAUUUUCCUGUACAAUGGAUGCAGUGUGGGUAACAAUUUCUGGCUCUCUGCCUGGUCAAAUGCUGGUAUUCAUCCACCACCAAAUAAAACUGAUGCACAAAUACUGCGCAAGUAUUUGAGUGGCUAUGCUGGAUUCUCCAUCAUCAGUAUCAUUCUGUUAACCACAUCAUCCCUGACUUUGGUUCUCUCAGCUUUGUAUGCGUCAAAGAGGAUGCAUAACACCAUGCUAACAAUGGUCAUGUUCUCCCCUCUCAGAUUUUUUGAUACAACUCCAAUCGGCCGAGUUCUUAAUCGAUUUUCAUCGGACAUACAGACUCUAGAUGCACAACUGGGUUCAUCUCUGAAUUUAUUGCUGAUGUUUUCAAUGAACUGUAUCUCCGUGAUCAUUGUCAACACCAUCGUGUCGUAUUUCUUCAUCUUUAUUUGCAUACCAAUGGUAAUCCUGUACAUCGUAAUGAUGAUGUAUUUCAUCACAACUUCAAGGGAGUUGCAGCGUCUGGACAGUAUCAGCAAGUCUCCAGUGUUUGCACACUUCUCCGAAUCCCUCGGUGGACUGCCAACAAUCCGCGCAUACUGUUUGCAGAAUUCAUUCAGAGAUGCCAUUCUGAGCAAAAUCGACAAGAACAACGUUGCAUAUGUGUACAUCCAAACUGCCAACAGAUGGUUAGGUGUUCGACUGGACAUCAUUGGUGCGUUUGUUGUUUUGUUGGCCGGUUUGACAUCUAUGAUGACUGGUAACAAUGCCGGCCUUAUUGGACUGUCUAUCAUGUAUGCUCUUUAUAUGGCUAGUCAGUUAAAUUGGUUGGUAAAAAAUGGAGCUGCUGUUGAGAUGAGUAUGAACUCCGUAGAGAGGGUUCAUUACUAUAGCGACCUAAUCAUGGAAAAAUAUGAUGGAGUAAGAGAUCCGCCGCUAGACUGGCCAAACAAGGGUGAAAUCGUGCUUGAUGACAUCUCCGUAAGAUAUGCCGCAGAUCUUGAUCCCGUCCUUCAUGAUGUGUCUGUAACUUUUUGUGCUGGAGAAAAGGUUGGUAUUUGUGGACGAACUGGCAGCGGCAAGUCUUCGCUGACCCUUGCUCUCUUCAGAGAACUAGCCCUGAGCGUUAUACUCCUGGUCACUGGAUACAACAAAAACCCAGCACAAAGUGCCACCAGCCUUCUCGGCUACCUGUGUACUCAACGCACGAAACUAGUACAAUCAAUGACACAACAUCAUAUAAUGUACAAUCUUGACCCACAGGGUGAGAAAUCUGAUAAAGAUUUGUGGCAAGCGUUGGAGAUUGCUCAGCUGAAACCUGUAGUAUCGACACAAGAUGAAGGCCUAGAUGCAAUGGUUACAGAAGGAGGUGAGAAUUACAGUGUCGGUCAGCGUCAACUAUUCUGCCUAGCGAGGGCAUUCUUGAGGAAGACCACGAUUCUGGUAAUGGACGAGGCAACAGCAUCGAUUGAUAUGCAAACGGAUGCAAUUCUUCAAGAUGUUGUGGCAACAGCCUUCAAAAACAGGACAGUUCUUACUAUCGCUCAUCGCAUUGCGACCAUCCUGAACUCGGAUAAGAUUCUUGUGCUGGAUGCCGGUAGGAUGAUUGAGUUUGACACUCCGAAUGCUCUGAUGGAACGAGACAGCGUUUUUGCUUCUCUUGUGCGCAACGAUAAAUAAUAAUAAUAAAAAAAUUAUAAUUUUAGAAAACUUGAUUUCAAUGCAGUGUCAUAUCUAGAAGACUUUAAAUGUUGGAGGUGAUGGGGUACGAAUGUUGAGUGGGAAUCGAUGAUCAUGUGAGGGAUCGGUAAUUAAAUGAGGGGCAGUAGGUUGUACAAUAGGCUGAUGUGAGGUGCUUUUUAAGUACUUGAGCGUGACCUUUUUUGGAAAUUUUCAAGGGUAGGGGAGCUGACUGGGAGAGGCCGCAGUAUUUUUUUUUGUUUUUUUAAAGGGGCGUACACGCCCGCUUAGAUAUACCAGUGUUUCAAUGUAGUUGUAACAUAUUUCUUGGAAAAGAGAUGAGUGUGUAAAUUUAUGAUAUCAGGGAAUUUCAUAUCAUUUAUGUAGUCUUUAGUAUACUUUUACAUAUUAAGUGUAAGUAAUUUGAGCGGCAGGGCAAACUGCCAAAAAUGAACUAAAUAAAUAUGGUACAUACAAUUCACAUCAGUGCCUAUAUAAAUAAUAUUAAUAAUUACUAUUACUGUAUUAAAAUCUAGAAAAAAAAUUAUGUUAAAAUUAUAAACAAGAAGUAACUAUACUAA